AUGGCACCGCCAAAGUCGCGCUUUGCGUCCAAGGGCGCCUUCGAUGUGCUCGCCACCGAGGGCGACGACGAGGAUGCGCGCGAGCAGGAGCACGACGGCGCCGAGGAGGACCGCGUCGCUGCCAUCGAGGCCGAGGCACAGCGCCUGGCCAAGGCCGAGCCCGACAGCACGCCGAGCAAGAUGACCCGGGGCGCCCGCAGGAGGGCGAGGGAGUCGGCCUCGCAGACGCCCGGUCCCACGUCGCCGACGCCGACGCCCGCACCCGCGCCCGUCUCCACCCCGGCUCCGGCUACCACAUCUGCACCAGCAGCAGCACCCGCUUCUGCACCUGCUCCUGCACCUGCUCCCGCUGCCGCCCCGACUUCAGCGCCUGUGCCUGCCAUCCAAGGAGCGACUGCGACAAGAAAAGCCGCAAAGAGCGAGCGGGAGUCCAAGAGCGACGCCAAGGUCGCCAACGGGAGCCAGGCACCGGCAAAGACAAAGGCCAGCGACGACAAGGAGGCCAGCAAGGAGGCCAGCAAGGCAUACUGGAAAAAGGUGUAUGAGCGCACGCUCUUUACCUUCCUCAUGAUUGGCGGCUUCAUCGGCCUGCUGCUCCUCGGCCACCCAUACAUGAUCAUCCUCGUCCUCGUCAUCCAGGUCCUCGUCUACCGCGAGGUCACCGCCCUCUUCAACAUCCCCGGCCGGCCCAGCGUGACGGGAGGGAGCAGCAGCAGCCGGCGUGGCGGCGGCGGCUUUGCGUCGAGCGCCCUCAGCACGGCCAACAGCAGCCGCGCGGGUAGCGCAGCGCAGAGCGAGGAUGAGGACGACGAGAUGGGCGGCCGCGAGGGCCGGCGCCAGGAGGAGCUGUGGAGCAAGACGCUCAGCUGGUACUUCUUCGCCGUCAGCAACUACUUUCUCUAUGGCGAGUCGCUCAUCUACUACUUCAAGCACAUCGUCUUUGUCGACGCCUACUUCAUCCCCUUUGCGCGCCACCACCGCUUCCUGUCCUUCAUGCUCUACAUCUUUGGCUUCAUGGCCUUUGUCUCGGGCCUCAAGCGCACCAAUCUCAAGCACCAGUUCGGCCUCUUCUGCUGGGUCCACAUGUCGCUCCUCCUCACCGUCUACUCGUCGCACUUCAUCGUCAACAACAUCCUCGAGGGCCUCAUCUGGUUCUGGGUCCCCGCCAGCCUCGUCAUCUGCAACGACGUCUUUGCCUACGUCUGCGGCAUGCUCUUUGGCCGCACGCCCCUCAUCAGCCUCAGCCCCAAAAAGACCGUCGAGGGCUUCGUGGGUGCCCUCAUCAUUACAGAGAUCUUUGCCUAUGGCUGGGCCACGCUCUUCCAGCGGUACAACUACAUGAUCUGCCCCGCCGUGUCGCUGGGCAUGAAUGCAUUCAGCAGGGUCCAGUGCGACCCCAACCCCGUCUUUCUCUGGCACUACUUCGCCCUGCCCGCAUACAUCUCCGCGCCGCUCUCGAAGCUGCUCGAGCCCGUCGCUGCCGCCGUCUUCGGCCGAGAGCACUUCUUCCUUGAUGCCAUCCCCUACACGCCCUUCCAGUUCCACGCCCUCGUCAUGGCCGCCUUUGCCUCGCUUGUCGCGCCCUUUGGCGGCUUCUUUGCCUCGGGUUUCAAGCGUGCCUUUAACAUCAAGGACUUUGGCGACUCGAUCCCCGGCCACGGCGGGCUCACCGACCGUUUCGACUGUCAGUUUCUCAUGGGCCUCUUCUCCUACGUCUACUACAGCUCCCUCAUCCGCGAGCACCACGUGUCUGUCGGCAGCGUCCUCCAGACCGUCGUCACCCACCUCACCGUCGAGGAACAGGUGGAGCUGUACCGCGAGCUCACGCGCUUCCUCGACGGCCAGGGCAUCAAGGUCUGAUCUCUCCAUUCUCGCUGCUUCUUCUCUUUCCUCUGUCUUUCUCUUUCACUCUUCCUUCUUUCCCUCUCUCUGUUGAUAACUUGUUUCUGUGUCUGGGGCUAUCGCUUGGACUGGAAUGACUAAGAAAUACAAAAGUGCUAGUGAU